AUGUCAUUCCCAAAGCAAUGCUGCGCCAGUGGCUCUCUACACACCGGCACUCCCACUGGCGCAAUCUCUAAGCUCCACGACCUCGACGUCUACAUCGCCUCACCCCCAUCCAACAGACCCCCAAAAGGCAUUGUCGUGAUCCUUCCCGACAUCUUUGGCUGGACCCUCCCAAACACACGCAUCCUAGCCGACAGCUUUGCCGCAAAAGGUGACUUUCUAGUCAUGCUUCCCGACUUUAUGGACGGCAACGUGUUUCCUCAAGACUUGAUCAUCAGUAUAAAAGCGCUUGACGCGACCGGCCUAUUCGCUUGUGUGACAAAAGCAUAUCACUUUCUCAAGCUCGUUUGGCGUGGAUGGCCAUUUCUGAAGAAUGACAAGGCGCGUCUGGUUCGCCCGCGUGUCCGCAAGUUCUUCCGUAAGCUGCAGUUCUCGCAUCCUGGUCUCUUCGUCGCAGCAGCAGGGUACUGCUGGGGCGGUCAAUGGGCCGUGGAGCUAUGCAAAUACGAUGACGAAGAUUAUUGCACACUUGGAAGCGAAGACGGAUGCCCGCCGCCCCUGGUGGUUUGUAGCUUUACGGCUCAUCCAUCGCGGUUGAAGUUGCCUAUCGACAUUGAGAUGGUACGUUUCCCUCUCUCCAUCGCAGCCGCCGGGGUCGAUCAGCAAAUCCCCAUUGCAAAGGCUAGGCAAAUUGAGGGAAUUCUGGAGGUCAAGACAGUAAAGGCGAAGAAAGAUGGUCUUGAACGAGACUCUGUCACGUACGAGCACGAGUUUGUCCUGUACGAGGGUGUGCAUCAUAGUUUUGCUGUCAGAGCAGAUGAGAAUGAAGGGCACGAAAAGGAGUGUGGAAAGAAGGCAGAGGACCAGGCUAUCCGGUGGUUCAAGAAGUGGUUUGAGCUUGCCGGUGAACGCAAGCUCCCAUGGCAAUUCCCACGAUAUGAAGACGAUGCAUGA